CCCGGCUGCCGUGCAGGAGCUGGGCCGCGCCGCAGGAGCCCCCGGGCGAGGGGGGCCGGGCCCCCGGGCGGAGGUGCGACAUUUAAAAUGUUAAAGGCAGUUUUAAAAAAGAGCCGAGAGAGUGGAAAAGGGAACAAGAAAGACUCAGCAGGUGACUCCUGCCCAGAGAAUGCGUUGCAGGUUAUGGCAACAUCUGGCCAGAGCGUGGAUUUUCCCAUUGGCAAUCAGCCAGUCUCUGAGGACACUUACAGAAUGAACUUGGCUAAAGGAGUCUCAAUGUCGUUGCCUUCUUCACCUCUGCUGCCACGCCAGUCCUAUUUGGUGCAGUCAAGAUCAAACAAAAAGUCUCCAGGUCCCAUCAGGAAGCCCAAGUAUGUGGAAAGUCCUCGAGUGCCAGGUGAGGCAGCUGUACCACUGAGAAAAGGGUCGGAACAAGAAGCCAGUCAAAAUGCAAAGCCUGAAAAAGACUCUAGCUGUUCUCCUGCAGCACAAGAAUUGAUGACAAGACUGGGUUUUUUACUGGGAGAAGGGAUCCCAACUUCUGCUCAUAUGGAAGAGAAAAGUGAAGUCAUGUGCACAGUAGCCAGUCAAGGAGUGAGUCCGUGUUCCACCCUCACAAGCAGUACGACAUCACCUAGCACAGACAGUCCCUGCUCAACUCUCAACAGCUGUGUUGGCAAAACAGCAGCUAACAAAGGUAGUCCCUGUGGAACCAUUAGCAGCCCUAGCUCCACCCUGGAGAGCAAGGACAGUGGAAUUAUAGCAACUAUAACAAGUUCAUCAGAAAAUGAUGAUCAUGGUGGAUCCAGUUUGGAGUGGAGCAAGGAUGGGAGUGUCAGAGCUGGAAAACAUCAUGGGAUCAGUCAUGAUCGAAGAACAGAUAAUUGUUCACCAGUUGCAGAAGAGGAAGUCGUCGGAGCAGCUGAGAAUCUGCCAAAGGAAGUACCAGCAGGAGAGGGUCCUGUUCCUUAUGCUCAAAGUUCUGGCUCUUUAGUCAUGCCUCGUCCAAACUCUGUUGCAGCCACAAGUUCAACUAAACUGGAAGAUCUGAGUUACUUGGAUGGACAAAGAAAUGCCCCUUUACGCACUUCAAUCCGCUUACCUUGGCACAACACUGCUGGUGGAAGAGUGCAGCAGGAGAGCAAAGCUCGUUUCAUCCCCUAUAAGCCUCAAGACAUUUUGCUGAAGCCACUGUUGUUUGAAGUUCCAAGCAUAACAACAGACUCGGUGUUUGUUGGAAGAGAAUGGCUGUUUGAAGUGAUUGAAGAAAAACUGAAGAAUAUUGAUGCGACAGAGACCAGAGGAGCAGUCAUUACUGGAAAUGUGGGAUUUGGGAAGACUGCAGUGAUUUCACGGCUGGUGGCACUUAGCUGCCAUGGAAGUCGCAUGAGGCAAAUAGCUUCAAAUAGCCCUAAUUCAUCCCCAAAAAGUGGUGUCUCUUGUCAGGAGAUUCCCUUAAGUCAGUUACAGCCAUCUGCUCCUCCGAGUGGUGCCAACACAAUGAAGACUCUGAACUGUCCUGAUGCUCCAGAAUACAGGAAUCAAACAGGGGAUUCUGUGAGACGCCUUGCUUCAAAGGUCGUUGCUUAUCACUACUGUCAAGCUGACAACACGUACACGUGUCUCGUGCCAGAAUUCGUGCACAGCAUUGCAGCUUUACUCUGCCGCUCAAAUCAAUUAACAGCGUAUAGAGAUCUCCUAAUCAAAGAGCCUCACUUACAGAGCAUGCUUAGCCUGAGGUCUUGUGUCCAAGAUCCAGCAGCAGCUUUUAAACGAGGGGUGCUGGAACCUCUCUCAAACCUCAGGAAAGAGCGGAAGAUUCCUGAGGAGGACUACAUCAUCUUGAUAGAUGGUUUAAAUGACGCUGAAUUUCAUAAACCUGAUUAUGGUGACACACUUUCUUCAUUUCUCACAAGUGUAAUCUGCAAGUUUCCUCCCUGGCUGAAGCUCAUUGUGACUGUAAGAACUAACUUCCAGGAAGUAGUAAGUUCACUGCCCUUUAUCACAAUAUCCCUGGACAACUUUCCAGACAACAAAGAAAUUCACGAUGACUUGAAUGCUUAUGUUCAGUACAGGAUUAAUAACAGCCAGGAAAUUAAAAACAACAUAUCUUUAAAUGGAAAAGCUGAUGCAGCUAUUAUUGGGAAAGUGAGCAACCACCUGAUCAUGAGGAGCCUGGGAUCUUAUCUCUAUUUGAAGCUCACUCUGGAUCUUUUCCAGAAAGGUCACUUAGUGAUCAAAAGUGCAAGCUACAAGGUCGUUCCCGUGUCUCUCUCGGAGCUGUACUUACUUCAGUGCAAUAUGAAGUUCAUGACAAAUUCAGCUUUUGAGCGAGCCCUGCCGAUACUCAACGUGGCACUGGCAUCCCUGCACCCCAUGACAGAUGACCAGAUCUUCCAGGCUAUUAAUGCAGGCCAAAUAAACGGCGAGCAACAGUGGGACGACUUCAGCCAAAGGAUGGAAGCUCUGUCGUGUUUCCUGAUAAAAAGACGUGACAAAACCCGAAUGUUCUGCCAUCCUUCCUUCAGGGAAUGGCUUGUUUGGAGAGCAGAGGGUGAGACCACGGACUUCUUAUGUGAGCCAAGGAACGGUCAUGCUCUACUGGCUUUCAUGUUUUCUCGACAAGAGGGAAAGUUAAACCGCCAGCAAACUAUGGAACUUGGUCAUCAUAUACUUAAAGCUCACAUCUUCAAGGGUCUCAGUAAAAGGACUGGAAUUUCUUCUAGUCAUCUUCAAGCCUUGUGGAUUGGUUACAGUACUGAUGGACUCUCUGCAGCCCUUGCUUCUCUGAGAAACAUCUAUACACCCAAUGUGAAGGUGAGUCGGCUGCUGAUCUUGGCAGGAGCAAAUGUCAAUUAUAGGACUGAAGUACUAAAUAAUGCUCCAGUGCUGUGUGUUCAGUCGCACCUUGGCCAUGAAGAAGUGGUCACUCUUUUACUAGAAUUUGGAGCUGCUAUUGAUGGACCUUCAGAAAACGGGAUGACAGCACUUAGUUACGCAGCCGCUGCAGGUCACAUGAACAUCGUUUCACUGCUGUGCAAAAAAGGUGCAAAGGUUGAUUAUGUAGACAAGAAAGGCCAGUGUGCUUUGGUCCAUAGUGCUUUGAAAGGACAUUGUGAUAUCCUUGAAUACUUGCUCACUGUUGUUUGGAUAACUCCUUUCCAAGAACAAAAUUCACUAAAAAAAAGCCAGGCACUGCAACAAGCUCUGACAGCAGCCUCCAGUAUGGGACACUGCCAGGUGGUCUGUCACAUCUUGACAAUUGAAAAGGACCGUGAAAUAGACAUCAAUGACACUGAUGCCUUGUGGGGAGAAACAGCCCUAACAGCUGCUGCAGGAAGAGGAAAGCUGGAAGUGUGUGAGUUACUUCUUGAGCGAGGAGCACUCGUGACGAGAGCCAACAGGAGGGGGAUUGCCCCGCUUCUCUGCGCAGUACGGCAGGGCCACUGGCAGAUUGCUAAACUUCUCGUGGAGCAUGGAUCUGAUGUGAACUUAAGCGACAAGCAAGGCCGAACUCCACUUAUGGUGGCAUCUUGUGAAGGACAUCUGAGUACUGUGGAGUUUCUGCUUUCUGAAGGUGCAACCAUUUCAUCUCUGGACAAAGAAGGGCUGACAGCUUUGAGCUGGGCUUGUCUAAAAGGCCACAGGGAAGUGGUUCAGUAUUUAGUUGAGAAAGGUGCAACGACUGAUCAGACAGACAAAAAUGGACGAACACCACUAGACCUGGCAGCAUUUUAUGGAGAUGCUGAGAUCGUGCAGUACUUGGUAGAGAAGGGAGCAACGAUCGAGCACGUGGACCACAGCGGCAUGCGGCCGCUGGACAGGGCCAUCGGCUGCCGCAACACGGCCGUGGUGGUGAUGCUGCUGAGGAAAGGAGCUAAACUAGGAAAUGCAGCAUGGGCAAUGGCCACCUCAAAACCUGAUAUUCUCCUUAUUCUGCUGCAGAAACUGAUGGAAGAAGGAAAUGUGCUGUACAAAAAAGGUAAGAUGAAGGAGGCAGCCCAGCGCUACCAGUAUGCCCUGAGGAAGUUUCCAAGGGAAGGCUUUGGAGAGGAAAUGAAGGCAUUCAAUGAGCUGAGGGUUUCCUUGUACCUAAACCUCUCACGGUGCCGCCGGAAAACAAACGACUUUGGUAUGGCUGAAGAGUUUGCUACCAAAGCAUUGGAUCUGAAACCCAAGUCUUACGAAGCCUACUAUGCCAGAGCCAGAGCCAAGAGGAGCAGCAGAAAGCUACUCGCUGCUCUUGCUGACUUACGUGAAGCCACACAGCUGUGUCCUACCAAUCAAGAGAUCAAACGGCUCCUGGCUCGAGUAGAAGAGGAGUGCAAACAGUUCCAGAGAACACAGCAACAGAAGCAUCAGUCUCCGCAGCUACUACAGCCAGUUAACAACUCUGAUAAUGAGGAGGAGGGCGUUGUGCAAGGUGUGAAUGACAAUUUCGAUCUUGAAGAGGGGGAGGAUGAAUCUGUUUCCCCUCCACAAAGGCUGCAGCAUUCUGUAGCUGCUUUACCAUACAGCAGGACCCUUCAAGAAGGUGUUCAGCAGCAAGCUCGACCUGUGUCCCCUCAAAGUAGAACAAGCAGUAAAUACCUGAGAGAGCCAGGCUUGGUCUUGCAGCCAACAAAGCAGGCACAGAUUGUAAAAACUAAUCAGCACUUGGGCUCUGUCCAGCCUGGAUCCAAAACGGGCAGCAGUCAAUGCAACACAAAGACACCAUCGUCCUUCCAGCACCUCCCACAAAGUCCCCUGCCGGGGCGGCACUCCAGGAGCCAGCAUUUGGAUGGGACAAGCGUGGUGGCACCAGGAAGCGUUUCCACAGGUCCUAGUUGUGAACUGUACAGGGAGAAGCUCACGCCCAGCCCCUGUCCCCUGUCACUGCACAAUGAGAGCGUCUCUUCUCAUCCCUUCACGAGCAAGUCCCGAGCCGCUGACAGGACGGCCCCUGCCCCGGCGAGCUCCGGCGAAGGGAGGCAGCCUGCUCCUCCCUCCGGCACCACGGUUCUUUCCAGCUCAACCAGCAGCCUAACCUUAGCCAGUAGCUUUUCAGACAGUAUGAAGGGUCUCGGACCAGACGUUCGACUCAAAGAAAACAGCGUUGGGCAGGUUCAGGGACCUGCUGCUGAGCACCGGCCUCGCAACACGCCCUUCAUGGGCAUCAUGGACAAGACGGCCCGGUUUCAGCAGCAAAACACUCAGUCCAGCCGCCCUUGGCACUCUCAGGCAGUGGAGGGAUUAUCAGCAACGGCCGCCUCUGCGGGCAUUCAGUCCUCAAAUUUGGAGCAAGUCUCAGUCAAGCACUACCAAACUAAAAUGUCCUGUACAGGAGCUGCCCUGGGCGAUGGCAGCCAGAACGGGGUGCAAGCUAAAGAGCUGGAGGACCUCAGGUGCCACAGGCCUCCCCCCUGCCACGACAGCCGAGCGCCCAAGGCUGCCUCGAGGCCGCUGCCUCAGCCCAGCAGGGACCUGGGCCCCGGCCCAGCAACAAAGCCAAAGCGAUCCUUCAUCGAGUCCAACGUGUGAGCAGCGGCUCUGACCUGCACGGGCGGGACACGCUGCUAUACAGAACGCAGCUCGGUGGGUCCUGGGGGAGCUGGGGUAAGCAGGCCAUGCUGGCCAGUACUGAAUGGGAAUCAACCACUUCACACUCUUCCUCCUGUCCCAGGACCGCUGCAGUAACUGGAAGAGCAAACUAAGUAGAGUCAAGGAGGAGCCUUGGUCCCACAGAUGAGGGCCUGAAGCAGACAAAUCCUUCCCUUUACCAUUAAAUGAGGCUUUCCUUUCCCAUGGGCCAUUGGUUAUGUGAUCUCUCCACACACAGAGGGAAUAACCGUGCCUCGACAAGCGCUCAAGUGCUUACUUCUCAAACCAGUGUUCAGAGUGAGGUGAGCUGUGUAACUCAGAGCUGUAUAUGUAUGUACAAGGGUUUUUAAAUCAGAGUAUUUUAUGACUUUUCUAGUGGGAUCUAAUUUGGGUUGCAUGAUGUACAUUUAGGCAGCAUCAGUGUUGUACGAGUGAGUGGAUUAUAAGGAGCCAUGUUUUGGCAUGUAAAUAGAACUAUUUUUAGUAACUAGACGAAAUCAAGUACAGUGAGCAGUAACAUUUGCAUGUGUAUUGAAAGGCUUUGACCAUAUUGGUUAUUGCACUGAAGAACACACUCUUAUGGCAUAUUAACAGUAAUCGCACUUUAUAGAGUUUAUCUGAUCACCUCUGGGUGCUACCUUAAAGCAGAGUGAGUUAUGGGUUAAGCAAGGGGAGGCUGAGUGGGGGUAUGGGAAUGGAUGGAGGGAGGAGGGAAGCAGGAGAGAAGUGUCUGUGCAGUUGCCUGGCAGGAUGAAGUUGUGAAGCUUUUUAUAGGCAGGGCCGUUGGGAACAGGGAGGUGCGGUGCUGUUCUGCCCCGCGGCUCCUGCACCUUCCACACACAUACCUGUUCUUACAAGUUCCUUCUCAGUUUGCAUCAUUAUGCUUUAGCUUAUUUAUUGUUUACUGUUUCUUUGGUAUUUUGUACAAGUCCUCUAUUAGCCUUGCCCUGUAGUUCUAUUUUUGCACAGCUACUGUAUUUUUUCCAUACAAAAUAAAGAUUAUUAAUAUACCUGUAGGACGAGGCGCAGUCACUGGUGGGUGCAGGAGAGAUGCUCUCCCAGCUUCUCCAGCUGAGUGUCCAGUCACAGGGAACAGAGGAAGAGACUGGAAAACUGACUUGGCAAAAUCAAGACUUGCCACUCAUAAAUGUGGUAAAAAUGGUGAGAGAACUGUUAUUUCUCCAACAGAAGCACCAAAAAACACAAUCAACAGCACCAUUCUCACAGUUUUCCGGGUGCUUCCACCAGUAAACAUUUUCUUUCCAGCAGCCAUUUCCCUGGCAGCCACAGCUCAGAACAGACACAGUCUUUUCUUUCCUGUUGUUUGCAAGGAUUCAUUCAGCUACUUACAGGUUCAUUUCUAUUCAUUUUAAGGGACACCUUCAGAAGGAGGUGGUUUCAGGGUGGUGCUGCUGCCUCUCCUGCCACCCAUUGAUGGCCAUCUUCAGUGUCCUGUUGGGGGUGAGCAGCAGCGAGGGCAGAGGAAGGUUUGUCAUGGGACUAGACCGUCUGUUACUGCUGAGCCAGUUUUCCAUCGCUUCUCUCUCAUAGGAAUAACCAUCUACAAUGAAAGGAUCAGCAGAUCUUGUGUUACAACUGCCUGGAGCCUGUUACAAUGCGCAGAUUUUAGCUAUUUAAACUGAAAAGGGAAGUGAGUGACUCGGUAUUUCUCAACAGGAAAAGGGAAACCUAGAAGAAUUCCACAGCCUUUAACAAAAGCUUUAAGGUCAACUCCCACACCCUUGUUUCAAAUUACAUACUUAAAUGUGUUACAAUAAAACUUUAUACAGCAGCAUUAAAAUUUGGUAUUAAUGGCAUUUAAAAAAAAAAGGACCAUGAGAGCUGCCCAUGAACGUAACCAGUUCAGGCUCUUGUCAUGUUUCACUCUCUGAAUGCAAAGCACCAAAAAUCUAUCCUAAGACUUUUAUUUUUAGGUUGAAUGAGACAUCCUACAAAAGCUCUUUAACACCUAAUGGUGAACCAAAUGACUGUGGACUGGGCCUUGCCCAGGGAGAAGGAAUUGGUCUCAGCUGCCCCUGGGCUGGCCCUCCACAUCCCUCUCAUUUCAGGGCUUCAAGGGCAACACCAACACACACAGAUACUUAAAGAACAGUAACAGAGUGCAGCACUAACCUGCAACAAGCACCUGCACCCA